UCAUCCUUGUAUUUCACCACAAACAACGAUUUUAAUUAAAAUUCAACGAGUAAUGAAUGCGCUAAUUUUUUUUAAAAAAAUAAAGAUAAAUUCAAGCACUCGUUUCACUCAUUAGAAGUUUAUACUGAAUUCUUUUUAAGGUUUUAUCCCCUAAAAAAAAUCUUUUAGGGUUUAAUAAAAAAGAAUAAUUCUGAACUAUGGUUCAGCUUCGUUGAAUAAGCAAUAAUUUGAACUUAGAAAAUCCUCGCCAGGGCUUCGAGCCAACCUUUUCCAGCAAAUAGAGAAGGAAAAGGAAAACGUAAUGGAUGCAAAUAGAGAAGGAAAAGGAAAACAAAACGGAUGUAUUGACUGAGGUCACUAUUAUUUCACUCCCAGAGGAUGAAUUUUAUUCUUUAUAUUUGCUAAAAUGAGGCAAAGGACUCAAUAACUAGGAAGUAAAAAGAUACCAUAAGGUCAUAAUAUGAAUCUACUUGAUGAAGGGGAGAGCUCUGGCAUGUUGAUCCAGCCAGCAAAGCGGAGACGUGGUCGUCCACGUAAAGAUCCAAGCGUAAAGCCUGCUGGAGCAGCUCAUACGCCUGGUUCUGAAGGAGGCAUAGCUUACCUUUCUCAGAGAACCAACAGAACAAGGGAAACAGAAUGUAUGGUGGGCCAGGCAGUAACUGGUUUUGUUGAAGCCACAUUCGACUCUGGCUAUCUGCUUACUGUUAGAAUUGGCAACUCGAGCACCAACCUGAGAGGUGUUGUUUUCAAGCCAGGACAUUGUGCUCCAAUUACAGCAGAAAAUGAUGUUGCUCCACAUGCUCAAAUGAUAAGAAGAAGUGACGUUCGUUUUACUUUUGAAAACCAGAGUCAGUCUCCUGGCCUGGGAAUUGAUAUGCGAACAUCUGCUGCUGUGGUGCCUUCAAAACACAAACAUGCACCACCCGGAAGAGCACCUGCUGCUCCUUCAGUCAGUGCUGUGGCUCCCGUUGCACCUCAACCCAUAACUCAUGCAAGUUACGACAACGGAGAUGCUGAUGUACACAUGGUUGAACCUUUAUCCAUGUUACCACCAGUUGGGCAGGUUUUUGUUCCCAUGCAACCUUAUCCCAGCUGCCAAGAUGCCCCAGGAAUUCAGCAGCGUGACGAUGGCUCAUUUCAUAAAGGCACCUCGAUAGAUAUUGAUGCUAAGAGCCCUUCCCAGACUUCAGAUACUAAAAUUACGGAAUCAUUAAAAUCUUCACCAGAAAACUCAGCUGUCGUUUCAGAACAAGACACUCCAGGUGGUAAUGAGCCCUUUCUGAUUGAGUCCUCACAUACAGAACCUUUGUUCAACUAUGGAACUGGAAGGAUGACAGAACUUUUGAAGGCUUUGCAGGAAAACUCAAAAGAGACUCAGGUGCAAAUUGAUAAACAGCCAACUUCUGCUACACAAGUUGAGUUCCAUAACUCUGUUCAUAAGAACCAAGAUAGCAUCCUGUGACGGCGUAAUGCUAAACUUACAUCUCAUUCUGUGAUCUCUCCAACUUUGGAUGCUAUAUUUGAGUUUCAACAAAGCAGCACCUAUGGUACCCUCAUGUAUGGAAUAGUGUGUUUACAAAUUGUGAACUAUUAAUGUUCCCUUCGUCUAGAUUUAGGGGGAUUUUGCCUUCAUUGCGAUAUAGAUACAAAUAGAUUUGCCCUCCAUGACGGUGCAGUUAAAUUUAUUAUCGAGUUUGAGAUUGAUAUAUAUUGAGGAACGUUCAGUGCAUCCUUCUAAUCAAA